CUUUCUGCAGGAUCCAGACGCGCACUGGAGGAAUGACCGGCGAGCCCCGCCGUGCUCUCAGUCUUCCGCGGGGAUUCCUGUCCGUCAGCAGAAUGAUAGCUCCUUCCCAGACCCGUUAAAAGACGUCGGAGAGACAUGUCUCAGCAGCAGCGGCUCGUCCAGCUCUCCGGAGCCUCGCUCGCCGUCGUCUUCGGCCCGGACGAGGAGAGUUUACGCGCGGGCGAGGGGAAACCCGCUUCCACGGCCAAUGGCCAGGAGAUUUUUGCGGGCUUUAAGGCGCUGAACUCGCGCAGCUUCUGGAACAAGCGGCUGGUGAAGGCCGUGGCUGAAGUGUACUUCCAGGGAUGGAUGGAAAACUUGGUGCUUUUCAUUCAGGGGAACGCCAACAACUUGGAAGUGCUGAGGGAAGCGUGGAUGCGCAGGGCUCUGAGGUCACCAAAGGGAUUCAUAAUUAAGGCUGUCGGUGACCUGUCCCCGGUGCAGAUGUCCCCAGUUCCUCAGUCCCAGUUCAUCCCAUUAGCUGAGGUGCUGUGCUCUGUCAUCUCUGAGAUGAACGCCGCCCAGAUCACCGUCACUCAAGAGGCGCUUAUUAAUUACAUGAGCAAAGCCCAUCCAGGGAUAACCAUCCCCACUCAGGACAUCCUCUACAACGCACUUGGCACUCUGAUCAAAGAGCGCAAAAUUUACCACACAGGCGAGGGCUAUUUCAUCGUUACCCCUCAGACCUAUUUCAUCACCAACAACUUGGUCCGAGAGAAAAACUGGUGGACUUCUGGUUCAACGGAUGAUCCUCCUUUGUCUCCUCCCAUUACUUACCUUCUGAGUAAUGAAAUCUGUGCUGAGAGCGCUCAAGCGCUCCCUGUGGCCCACUGCAAGUCAUGUAGCUGCUUUAGUCCUCACCUAAAUCCUUCUAAUACCGCUGCCACUACAGAAACGGCCACUGUCCCUCCCUCCACUGUCCCUGACCAGCAUUCUGUCUCUGUGUCCAUAAGUGAAUGCACGGGCAAGAGCCUAAAGUGGCCCCGACCGUCAGACCCCAAACCCUCGGUGCAGCAUCAGUCCACCUCCACUGCAGCCGACUGUCAGGCGAGCGAGAUCAGCAAAACAACUGCUACGACUAACGCCACUGGCCGAAAAGAAAAAGACAACAAACCUGCAAGGAAAUUUGGUCUCAGUUUGUUCAGGAGGAAUGCAGGUAAAAAGGAAAAGCCAAAGAAGGAGUAUGCAUCAUUUUCAGGCCAGUUCCCUCCUGAGGAGUGGCCUGUAAGGGACGAGGAUGACUUGAACAACUUGCCUCGUGACCUGGAGCAUGCCAUCAUCAGACGCAUCAACCCUGAACUGACUGUGGACAACUUGACACGGCACACUGUCCUGAUGAAGAAGCUGGAGGAGAGAAGGGAGAGGGGGAUCGACAGGGUGUUCGAUAGAGGUCUGGAUAAAGAUGACAAGGGAGUUGACAAGGGAAUGUCGACUGACGCCCUGACGUUCUCGAAACACAGGCAUCACCACGUGUCUAAAGGAGGUGCAGGGAAAAGAUCCUCUCAGAAGGCUUCUCGCAGCAAGAGAAGGGCCCACUCAUCAAGAGAGAAGCAGAGGGAAAGGGUUAAAAGUAAGGCUCCCACAUGUGCAGACGUUUACCCAGAUGGAGAGGAUUUGAUUCCAACUCGACUCAGAGUUGAAAUCCCCGUUGAUGAAGCAGAUCAAAUGGAAGAGGGUGAAACUGUCGAGGGAAAAUGUCUUUAUAAGAAGCGCAUCGAUAACCCUUUCCAGACUCACUCAGCCAAGGAGGCUGAAAACAUCAUUUCCAGUAGCAGAGAGCACAGAAGACAAGAGGUGAAGGAGGGAAAGGCCUCUGGGUCAGGAAAAAGGGAAAGAACGAGUCACCGGUCCAAGUCUUGGGACCCACAUCGAGCGAAACUGAUGACGGCAGAUGGAGAGAACGCACUAAAAGUCCCUUUGUCUGAAGAACAAUACGACUGUACCCAAGAUGGGGGCUUUACAGCUGAUCAGCUUCAACUGGACAAGAAGCUCAACAAAGAGCUUUCUCUGGACUACAGCUCGGCGUUUGUACAAGGGAGCACACUCAGGAUGGAUGACAAAGUUGGACAUCAAGGCGAAGAAAACGGCAACAGGGACUGGGAGAGAAAAAACAAAAAUGGGAACUUUCAGGAUGUGCAGGAAUUCAAAAACGUAGCAAAUCAAAGCCAAAGCAAAGACGGUUGUCUGGCUAACAUCCAACAAUACUCCAAUAUGAUUGGCGUUACCCCUGCUCAUACCUAUGAGCCCAUCAUAAACCACUUAUUUGAUCCAAAUCCUCCAUGGCCCAAGCCUUCUUUACAGCGCAAACACUCCCUUAGACUCCUCAAUCAACAAGGGGAUAAUGUUCAAAAGCCAGCUGAGUUUGAUGAGACUAGACCUACGAACGACCAGCAGGUAGUUAGACCAAUCAGUAACCCUAUCCACAAGCAACAGCCACAACUGACAACUGAAGAUCCCUCCUUUAUAAAAAGCAGUGACGGUUUUACGGAAGAUGACUAUAACCUUUACCAGAGACCACCAGAGCAGGGUGAUGAUGAUGCUUGCAGCUCUUUGUGUCUGAACAGUGAUGAGAUUGCUGAUGAUGCAAAUGAUUAUCAAACUGGUGUAAUGAACUAUCACAUCCACCAGCAGAUUGACCAUGAAUCUAUGAGUAUACAACAUCUGGGACCCCACAGUCACCAUUAUAAAGCCACCCUUCAGCAAGAAUCGGUGCACAGCGCUUUGAAGGAUCUGUUUCCCCCUUCAAACCAGAGGGGGGCUUCCCUCAACUCUACAAGACCGGGGGAGAUUAUCUGGAGACAUCGCCUGAGAACUAGUAAACCACCGGGCACACAAAGUGAGCCGAGAUGCAUGAGGACUCUGUUGAUCCAGGAGGGAAAACGGCCUGAUUCUAUCCAAGACGUGGACUGUUCGGGGCCGUGUGAAGAUGUAGACGGUAGUAUCUUCGACUACUGCCGGGCUAGCGAGGUCGAAUCUGACUCUGAGACUGUCCGCAAGUCGGCUGAUGAAGGCGACGGCGAAUCUGCUCACUGGGCUGCCGAUAUGGAGGAGGUGCAGGCGAAUGAGAUGGAUGAGAAGGUCAUUCCUCUGAACCACAAGCCCGUCCAGAAAAUGACCAGCAAAGUCAGAAAAGUGGAAGAAAUUGUAGAAAACCAGAACAUCACAGGAGACAGUGGGAUAGAUUCCCCUCGGACCUGUGUCAGUCUUGCUUCCAGCAACACUGUCAUACUUGAAGGUCUGAAGAGGAGGGGCUUUCUGCAGAACCUGGAGAAACUGCAUUCGAAGAGCAGCACCAUCCGACCUCAGAGCUCACUGCUACAACUCACUCCUGUGAUGAACGUAUAAUGGUUCCCUGCAGGAAUGUCGGAGCUCACACAUCUGAUUAGAGUGAAAAGAAAACUUUGUGCUUGAGUCUGGUUGUAAGCCUAUUCCGCGACGGAACUUCAGUCUGUAAAUAUGUACAGGAAAAUGAAUCUUUGUAAAUGACUCUUAAGGUAAUCGACUAUAUUUCCCUUCAGAAACUUGGUCACAUUAUUUUUGUGCUAUAAAUGCAAAUGCUCUUUAUUCACGACUCAAUGAUUUAAUAUACAGAAGAGCAAUAAUUUCUCUUAGAUUGCCUUUUUUUCCUUGACUUGUAGCAAUUACUACAAAUAAAACUAUAUAUAUCACCAA